AUGAGCUACACCACCUCACACCCCUUUAACUUUCCUUCGUCGUCGUCUUGCACACUCCCUCUUGCACGCCUCUCUGCUGGUACAUCUGGGAACCCCAUGACAUCUACAGCCCCGCUGACAUCCUCUCCGAUGCAGCCGUGCUCUCCCCAGGCUGGGCCCUCUCUGGGCCCCCAACAGCUCGCGGAUCGACGUCAGAUCGUGCCUCUCCUAAGCAGCAGUGCCGGUGGCAGCGAUGCUGUCGUGCCGCAGGUGUCUGCAGGCACGCUGGGGACGGCGCCGCGGAAAGCCUCCUAUAUCGCUAACCUUGAGGCGCAGGUGCGCGUCCUGGAGCAGGAGGUACGCCUCCUGCGCACUGGCGUGGAGCAGAACGCGAAACUGCGUUACGCCUCCGCAACUGCUUCGCCGCUGACGCAACGCUCGUCAUCGUCAAAGCGGGUCCAUUUCGGUCCGUCAUCGGUCGUCGUGCUGUCCCAGCCACCACAGUCGACGAGCGCAUCCUCCACUGUGGCCACGGAAGUAGACGGUCGUCCUCGCCUUGCGUUUGGGCAACGUGUGAGCGCGACGCACUCACGGACCUCGGCACACGGCCCUCCUCAUGCGGACCCUGUGCGAUCACGUCGCAUGGCAAGCCUCGGCAAGCCCACUCGGACGAGCGCGCGGUCUGGAUCAGUGCCCUCGUCCUCUCCUGCACCAGCUACCGCCACCACCUCAGUGAACCUCUCGCCGGCCCCCGCCUCCCUGCGCGGAGGCAACACCAACGGCAUCCCUCUGCAAGGUGCCGCCACUGGUGGUACACUCGUCACCCCCGUCGCCGCGGACACGCAGCCCCCCACCUCCUCGCUCCCCCACCCCUCCUCUACGUCUCCAGCGGCGGCGACAGUGUGGGCGUCGACUGACCCGAACCUGCUCUGGCCACGCGCAGCAGCGGCCGCGACUGGCACUCUUGCGAGCGCGUCCGAUCUUUCCCGCUACCCAUUCCGGACCAUGACCACCUCCUCGGCGGUGGCCGCACCCACGCCAGUGAUUCCAGAACUACCUGUCACGACUAGUACGCAGGUCGUCAGCGCUCCUGCAGGGACAGCCAGCACCGCUGCAUCACCCAUUGUAGUAGCGAUGAGCAGCGAUGGGCACCCCGUGACAUCCUUGACGCAGCCGGCAAUGCCCGCUUCAGGUCCGGCAACGGAAACGACGCCCUCCCCCGCUGCAGUGCCGGUCGCUCCGUCAGCGACCCCGCCACCUGCUUCACACAGCGCACUCGCCGUUGCCAACCCACUUGCCUGUGUUACGGCUCUGCCUCCCUCCGUGAGUGCCACCGCUACACCCACGGGGACCUCAGCACCCCCAGCAGCGAGCUCCUCAGCUGCAGGGUCAGCCACAGUCGCGCAACUAGAAACGGAAGUGUUGUCCCUGCGGGACGCCCUUGCGCAGCGAGAAGCCCUCUUACACCGCGUGUUGCUCGAACUCCACGACCGAAACGGCAGCGGCGGCGCUCGCCGUCAGAGUUCCCCGGUGAGGGGAGAGACGCCACCGCGUCACCGUGAAAGCAUUGGUGCAGCGGUGGCGGCGCCGGCGGAGAGGAGGGAGUGUCAGCAGAGCCGGCAGGCCAUGCGACUUUUGACUGAAGAGCUGUUUGCCGUGCAGACACAGCUCAGCCACGCUCGAACCUCGCAUCAGCUGGUCGUCGCUGAGCUUUCUACGUGUCGUCAACAGGCUCAUCAAGCGCCACCACCGCAGCAGCAACAGCGAGCAGCAGCACCAGCAUCAGAGAAGACUUCUCCUGCUCGACCGUCGCAGCCGUCGUCAGGCCCUCUCCAAGAGCAACUCGGCAUCGCUCUCAAGAAGCUGAAAGCGUGGGAGGACUGGUACGCGACAAGCGUCACUGCAGCGGGGGACAAUGCUGCGGGUGUAACCGCAGGCAACAGCAACGCUGUCCCCAGCGCGAAGGAUGCGCCCUCUUCGUCGCAGCAGCCGUCACCGUCGAAGGCGAACAAUGCAGAGCAGCCGGCCGGGGCAGCAGUGGCAACCAAGCGUCCUCACAAGAGGAAAGGCAGCCCCGAAAAAGAGAAGCGCGCGCACAAGACAACAGCACCGGGCUGGUGUCCACACUGCGGCUUCGCCCUGCCAGCAGCGCCAUCAGUGGUGGACAAGAGUGGCAGGGUCGGCAGUGGGGUUGUGCCGCGCGCCUUCGCCCUGCCUGGACUCGCACCGGCAUCCGGUACAUCCGACCCUCCAGCCUACUACGCAUCUCUGUCCUCCCCCUCCGCACUCCUACCGCAGCAGCCGCCUGCUGCGGCACCAUCAGCGCCGUACGUGUCGGCAUACGCACUAGACUCAGUCAUGUUCCACCACCUGACGAGCCAGCGCGGUGGCAAUGGCGUCGGGGCUAGCGCCAGCGCAGUUGCGGCGCCGGAGGCGGCAAACAGGAUGCCCGGUGGGGCGGCAACCCCACCGCCACCGCCACCGGAGACAGCGUCGCCGCCGCCCUCUCCCAUGCAGGCGAAUGAAACCCAAGGCAAGCCGAGAAGUGUGCAUGUAUCGGAAAAGGCGCACACAGCCGCGGCGCAUCAAAACAGUCGCACCGGUGCCUGCGGCGCGUCUCCGAUGUGGGCAGUGCCGGUGAGCGGGACCAGCAUCGCCGGCGCGGGUGGUGUCAACGGAGGUGCCCGUGAGAGAAUCAUGAAAACUGCCUUCAUGGGCGGCAGAGCGGCGAGCGACCUCUAUGUCUCUCCGUACUGCGACCGCCUCGACCACGCGCAGCCGCAGGCCUACCGCGCUCAGCAGUAUGUCACGCAGCUCGCACGCGAGGCGGCGGUGCGGGAACUCGCGGAGGCAGAGCGGCAGGUGGCAGAGCAGCGCCUCUCCUUCUGGAAGCAUCAUCAUCCAAGCUCACACGACCUGUCCGCCGCGUCACCAACACCGCCUCCCCUCGCGCCGUGCUCCUCCACGCCAGACGGGUCGCACAGUGCAGCAGCGGGCAAGCAAGAGGUUGUUGAGUAA